AUGCCUCAAGGCAUGAGAAAGGAGAGAAAGCAGCUGAGCAUGGGUCGGACAAGUGUCCCUGUUGCACUCCGUCUGUACAUUGCGUUCUGCUCAGGUCUAUUCUCAAACAUCUGGUUAUGGCGAGGUGUUGCUGGCGUCCUUGCUGCCGCUGUCAUUUUGAUUUUGUGUAUUCAGCUUGUAAACCGUUCUUCAACCAGAGAUUUUCCUGUCUGUCCUUCCCUGGAACUCUGUCCAUCAGACUGGCUGUAUUUCCAGAGGAAAUGCUACUACCUCUCGGAGAGUGAAGCCAGCUGGAACUCCAGUCAGAGCUUCUGUUCUUUGCACAAUGCUUCCCUCCUAGUGAUCGAAAAUCAGCAGGAACUGAGUUUUAUGGUGAAGAUAACAAAGCAAGACCCGUGGAUUGGACUUUAUAAAAGAAAUGAAGACUUCUUUUGGGUAAAUGGGAAGCCACUAGACAAUGAACUGAUUGAAGUAAUAGGCUCUGGAAACUGUGCCUAUCUUGAGUCAAAAGGAGUCUCAGUCUCUGGAUGUUAUUUAACCAGGAAGUGGGUCUGUAGCUUGAAUAUUAGCUUAGCAUGAUAAAGGUGGGCGAAGCCACUGCCCCUGACACUUAGUGCUCUAAUAUGACAUCCACACAGGUUGUGUCUGUACUCUGGGACCACGUCUCAGCUCCUGUCUGGAGGUGAAUGUCUUUUCUGGCAGCCAGAAUUCUCCACCCAUGGAGGAAGUUCUGUUUUUUUUAAGAUACUAUUUAAAAGACUUGCUUUCAGUAUCCUGAUAAGUCAUUUCCUUGCCCCAUUCUUCUAGCUACUGCUGAGCCCAUAGUUUCUUUUUGUUGUGCCAUCAGUAUUUCUUCCAUUAACUCCUCUCUUGUAGGAUGCUAAGCAGCUGCUCUUUCUUUUCCUUUUUGGUAUGCACUUGAAGGUAUUUGUCCUGCUUUUCCCUCAGCCAAACUCUGUGUACCAGGACGGGUUGUGAAGUGGGUCUGUCUGAAGGUCUGCCAGUUCCUCGCAGAUACAGGGUUAGGGUUAUGCAGAAGUUGUUUUAGACAUCAUUGCAGAUUUUGCUGUCCUGGUUGCAUCUUGUGUGACUGUAUUGUAUUCAAUGUUUUGUUAAUGUUAUUUUACAUUAAUCUUUUUUAAUUCCCCUGACAGUAUUAUAGGGAUUUAUUAGCUGCAUUGCAUCUCAAGUUCUCCUUCCCACAGCACUUACCUUAUCAAAAAAAAAAAAAAAGAAUAGAUGAGAGCAUUUAUUUACCUGAGCAUCUGCACUGAUAAGGAAAAAGUCUGAACUGAAACAGUAGUAGUGAAGCUGCAGGCAAAAUCAUGGGUAGAGAAUAAGAGAAUUAACAGCAAAGGACGUCUUGCCAUGGUUUCCUCAUGUCCCGUGCUUGGUGGAGCAUGGGGCUUCCGAGCAAGUGGUACGUAUCUGGAUGGACAAUGAGUGUUUUCUUCUGUGUGCGUAUCGUUUUCAGCAGCAACACCCGGUGCUGUUGAAUUGCUAUGAGCCUGAACAGAAUUAGGGCUCAUUGCCACUGAACUCUGUCCACUCAUGUCUAGCAGGUAACCUGAAGAUUAAAAGUGCCAUUUGACCCAGAGGAAGCAAAGCAGCUUAUUUCCCUGGAAGGACUAUUCCUGUCGGGUUUCUAGAGAAGGAAGAAUGGGAAAUUUGCCUGUGUAGCAGGGUAAAAUACUUCCCCGCUCAGACUACAGUCUGGAAAAUUGUUGGUGUGUGAUCUCUGUGCUAUUGAGGGGCAUAUGGACUUCAGGAGACUUCUUGGAGGAGCAAGUGGAGCCAUUUUUGGAGUAGUCGCUAGAGUGCACUGUAGCUUCAGCCUUAAAUUUUUAGGCAGAUUUAAUUGCUGUCUAGUUUUGUUCAGCUUCUUGUUUAUGCCUUCAUUAUUUUCUAUGACAAUAGGACUUUACUGUAACAGGACCAUGCAGUAUGGAUGUUGUUAAUAAGUUGUGAGUUUCGAAUGUUUAUUUAUAGAUGAUCACUAAUUUUGCUGAACUACACUUUUUUUUAAUUGCUUGUAUUCUUUAUAGGCACAGUAACAGAACUCUACAGUAUGAAUAGCCUAAUAAUCUGUGUUAAUUUAUAUGUAACUAGUUGGAGGGGGUUGUAUUCUGCAAUGGUUUUAAAUUAACUAGCUCUGAAGGAUAUGUUACGUGCAAUAGUCCUGAAAAGAUAAUAAAU